GAUAACGCUAAGAUACAAAGCCAGAAACUUUAUUCCGCGUUAAUGAGAUUAUAAAACGAUAUUCGGGUGGAGUUUGUUUUCUUUAUCGAGCUAAAACGUUAUUAAUGUACCGACGUUGUAUUAUAAACGGUGUGUGUAAAAUCCGUUAUCGUUGGUCGAGUUUAAAUUCAACCAAGAGCGCGUGGGCUGCGCGCGCCCUGUUGCUAGACUGCGGUUGCCAGGAUACAGUCGUGAUGCUUGUGGAUUAAGAGAUCUGAUUGGCCGCGCGACGCCUAACAACCUCACGAGCGUCCUGAGCCCAACGGAAAAAAUGUUCGGUUCGGUUGCUGCUGCCUGACAGGAUCGACUUUUACCAAACAAACUUAUUUUUCGCGAAUUUACUCUGUAAAGCUCGAAUUAAACAAAGUUUUAAUUAAAUACUCGACGAUAUUUGGAGUGUAAGUAUGGAAACCUUGAAGACUGACAACUUCGUCGAAGACAAACCGACCAGGGCGGCUGAAAGGGGCUACUUACCUUAUAUGGAAAUGAAGUCAAGCUUUAGUCACAAUACAGAAAAGGAAGAGACUGAAUUACCUGGCAAAACCCCAUCACAACCUAAACGUAAUAAAGAAGAAGGUUUUGGUCUGAGUUUGCAGCUGGGAGAGGAGUAUGAACGGAAGAAGCAAAAGCUAAAGGAAGAGCUGCGCCAGGACUACAGGCGCUACGUGUCUGAGAAGAAAAAUGUCUCUGAGCCAGCACCUCAACUCCAAGCAUCGACUUUUAAAAUGCAGGAAAGAUCAACAAAUGAGAAGUUGCAGGAUGAGAGGAUUAAAGACUACAGUGUUUUGCUCCGAGCUCAGGAGGAACUUGAAAAAAUGAGGAAAACUUCAAAUGAGCCACAGUCCCAGACUCCUGGUAGAGAUCUCUACGUCUCCACCACUCCCUACCAUUCGUCGCUCUCUCUUAAAUCGCAUCAACAAAAGAGUCCAGAGAGGCCGCUGUCUUCCAGGAGGGACGCCGGCACCGCGACCGAGCCGCUCCUCAAGACACAUACGCGAGCACACAGACGACGGGAGGAGACACCCGAGCGCUGGCACUCGAGGCCCAGGAGACACAGGGAGCACUACAGCUCUGAAGAGGAGCUUAACUUGGAUGAGGAGGAGCAGGAGGAGUUUGAGCUUCUUCACAAGAGGAGACCCAGGCACCGAGCUGAGCCUGCACACGCUGGCAGGAGGGAGCGGAGGCUCCAGCACAGGGUUGCCCAGGAGAGAAGAGAAGUGGAUGUACAUACCGUUAAUGAAGGAGAGUAUCUAGAGGACAACAGACCGACUCCUCAAGCGACGCUUCCAGUCAAUCCACCCGCACCGGUGCAGAUCAGAGCCAUAAACAAGAACAACAUGGGAGAUUUCGCUACAGGACUUAUGAUUGGUGCUAAUGAGCAGGGGGAAGCCACACAGAGGAGAAAGGAGCGCUACAGACAGGAACUGCUCAAACAAAUAGAGGAGCAACAAAGAAAUAAGAGAAAGGAAAAGGAGCUGGAGUUGAGAGUUGCUGCUACAGGGGCUGUUGAUCCAGAGAAAGCGUCUGUGACCGUCUGCCUGCCUGGUUUCCCACAGCCUGACCGGAUCAAACAGUUUGGCGCUGUGAGACGGGAGCAUGAAGGCAGAAGGCGGGACACGCCCCACAGACCCGGGAUGGCACUCGGCGCCCCUGGGACGGACACGGACAGAAGACCACGAGAAGUGGAGCGAGAGCCCCCCGAGAGACCUCGUGUGGCUUUCCAGUCCCCCAUCAUGGAGUACAGCUCUGCCCUGGGGCACCUGGGUCACACGGCGGGCGCUGGUUUAUGGGUGAGUGGGGACGCCCCAUUCAGUGAAGACUUGCGCAAAGGCCUGGCUGGAACUCUGGGAGAAAUGGUUGCCCCCAGAGUCACAGGCAUCCCUCCUCCACCGGCACCCGCACUCUCGGAGCUAUACAGCACCCCAUACGAUGAAGCCUACUAUUACUAUGGAGCCAGGAAUCCUCUAGACCCCAAUCUGACCUACUAUGGAGCUUCUGUGGGUGCAGUACCAUCGUUGCCUAAUCUUCCAGCUGGCACACACUCAUCUGUGCGGCAGCCUCCUGCCCUGGUCCUUGCACAGUCUGCAUUACAGCAUGGCAUUUCUCCUUCUCUUGGAUCGUUUCCUUCUGACAGACUCCAACACCCGAAAGAAAACGUUCUAGGCUACAAGGAUGCACUCAAACAACAGGAAGUGCUCAGACAGGGGUGGCUUCAGCUUUUUGAUAAGAUCGAAGAGAGACAGGAGAGGAGGAGGCGCGAAAGAGAGGACAGGGAACGUUACGAGGCUAAGCUGGAGGCGGAGAUGAAGGCGUACGAGCCAUGGGGGAGAGGAGGAGCUGGAGCUCCGCUCAAGGACGAAAGAGGAAACCUUAUCAGUGACCUAAAGCGUAUGCACAGGAGUAACGAGGAGGCGUAUAUGAACCCAGAAUCCCGUAACAAUAGAAGAGUCGUGGCAUCAACGGACAAAACUUUACCUACACCAAGGGUGGAGAACAAGGAAUCUUCAAGAACGUCAGCAGGUCUUAUUUCCUCCUUUACGCGGCCCUCGCCACACGCCCGAGGAAACGUGUUCACCGAGCAGCCGACGCCCCAGCAAAUCCUCGAGCAGGAAAAAUACAAGGAGAGUCUGAAACGGCAGAUCGAGGAGAAACGGACGUUGGAAGCAGAGAGGAGAGAAAAUCUGAGGCUGGAGGAAGAGCGAGAGGAGAAAAGGCUGGCUGAGGAACGAGCGCGCAUUCAAAAGCAGUAUGAAGAGGAGCAGGAGAAGGAAAAACGUAAAGAAACGGAGCAAAACAACAAAAACCAGGAGUUGAUUAGACUGCUCGAGGAGCGGCGCCAAGAGGCUGAGAGGAAAAGGAAGGAGGAAGAGAUGAAGGAAAGUGAACAUCUGAAGCAGCAGUACGAGCAGGAGAGGCAAGCCCGGCUUGAGCAGGACUUCAGGUCAGAAUCCCCACCCAUUCCUACAGUACAGAAGAGACUUGGCAGCCAGAAUCCUCCCAGACCACCCUCAGUGGAAAGCCAGCGCUCUGUGGCAGUUCUCUCUGCUUGCUCCGUUCCCACUCCUCGCUCCCCACCUGUUCCCGCACGGAGGAAUCAGAUACGAGCAGCAGAGGACCAGCAGGGUGUGAUCAGCGAGUUAUCCCUGCUGCGUAGGCGCUUAAGAAGUGAGCAGAGGCGGCUUGAAGGGCAGUUAGAAGAGUCAGACAGAGAAGAUACACAGACUCCUCUAAAGAACAGGGAGCGUCCUUUAUUGGACGUUUUUGACAUGGCCAGACUGAGAAUGCAGGUUCCUGCUAGGAGGCCGCCUUCAAACACAAGAGCAGUGAACAAGCAGAACAUGCAGGACUUUAACCAGCUCAAGUACAGAGACAGCGAGUCUCGUGAGCAGGUGAGGCAAGCGUAUCCUGAGCCGCCCACUGACGAGGACAGUCUGGAGAUCCAGCAGCAGGCUCUGCUCAGAGAGCAACAGCGCAGACUCAACAGCAUGAGAAGAGCCAAGACUGAUGAUUACUUUGACCUGUCGUCUCCAAUGAAGCCUGCUUACCAGCGGAGGAAGAACUUCACCGAAGAGGCCGAAAGACGCUCGCUGCUACAGUCCGAGAGUGCUUUUAUAGAUCCUUGCGGUUAUUCUUUUCCGGAGACACCACAGCCGGAGCGAAGCCCUGCCAGAGAGAGGAGACGCCGGGCCAGGAGGCAAGAUGAAGAAAACACGCCGGGCAGCGAGAGGAUCAGGCAGUUUCUGGGUUCCGCCAACAGCUUUCAUCUAGACAGGGUACAAGAGCAGAACCAGCGCAGGAUGAGAGCACUGGACGACAUGAGCGAGCACCACUGGAGAUCAGGAGAAAUAUCUGCUGAUGAAGACGAUGACCUCUGGCAGCAGACUCGGUCUCCGCUGGCUUCCAGGCGCGUUUCCACGACGACGUUCACCACCGAGCCCUGGCUACGCCCCGGCACCUCGGAGACAUUUAAAAAGCCGAUGGCAGGUCGAAGGCCGCCCAGUACCGGACCGUCCACCUACCACGGUUAAACCCGUGCAGUGCUGUUUUAAACACAUGUCGAAUUUUAUCAGUUUGAUAGAACCUGGUUUGUGCAUUUACGAGGAAUGAAGUUAGGUUAAAACGGACGCACGGAGGAUUAAACGUGUCGAGCAGAUGAAUCUCUAGAGGAACAGAGCAGCAUCAGCCAGGUUGUCCUGAUCCUCCUGUCAGCCAGCAGGGACUGUGAGGUAUUACUGCACACACUGUUCACCUGGUUUCAUUUGUAUUGUGUACAUACUGUGAAUGUAUUUUUUUUUUAAUUUCCUUAAAAAUAAAUAAAUUAUUUUUGAAGUCUGGCA